CCAGAAAAUGUCGGGCCGUAUACCACACUGCUCCCCCACCAAAGCUUCUGUUUGCUGCCUCGCCAUUACCGACUUGAUCGCUCCGGCGGCUGCUGUCCUCAAUUGGUAGCCAGUGCAGUGGCAAAUCUCCGGUUUGCGGCAAGGCCACGAGCCCCCCCGGCGUUAGCGGAAUUGAGAAUUGGGAAGACGUCUACCUCGGACUGUGCAUCACCUGAUUCCAGCUAUCCCCGAGUCCCUACUCCGUUACUGGCUGAGAUCCCCGCAAGCUACCCGCGAGGUGCCUUAAAAAAAACCGUGGAAGGUACAAUAGCCAAAAACCAUGAGACACCAUGGCACAGCAUGCGAGAGCGCACAUAUGCGUCACAUUGCGAGCGGAUCCGCCCUCGAAGUCCCGCACCGUUCCCAACCAGUAUGCGCCGAGGUCGAGGCCGACGCCCUCACUGGGCAUAUUGGGAUCGGAUCUGCAACAGACCAUGUUCGCCAGCUUGCUCCGCGGAAGAAGCGCACUGUCUUCAUCUGGAAUUGCUGUGCGUGCAUGUAUGGUGGCAUGAAAGUCAGCGUUGGUUCCUGCCCAGGAUGCGGAACACCACGCUGCUCUUAUUGCAGGGUGGAAAAAAUCGUGGUCAAGGAAUAAUGCUUGCAUCCCUGGCUCAACUCAGUGAGCCAACUGGCAUCAUAUCCGCUCACAGGAGGAGUAGAGCCACGGGGUUGGCCUCGACCACGAACCUGACGAGGACAAUCCGCACUCGUACGAGCCCUACCACCAACGGCAGUUCAAUACCGCCGGCCUCCACCCCCUACCAGACCUCGGCGCACUCCCUUUCCUCCAGCACGCCACCAUCGCGUUCGACUAUCUCCAUCCACGCACACGUUUACCUUGCACUAUCAGACGUGAGAAUGGAGUAUGUAGCACGCUACUUCUUUUCUCCACUUGUCUCGCCAUUUCCUGUGACCCAAGCUGUUCUGCUAGGGUGUAGUCUGCACUCAACACAUAUAUCCCACCAACAGAUCAUCAUCAUAGCUCAGUUAAGACACUCUAUUUUAAAACUUCGAGGACGAUCGUUUUAUCUACGUUGUCAACUGCGAAACUUCGAUAUUAUCAUUCGAUCGACCUAUGAAUUUAUCCUUCUUGGUGCUCUAUGUCUGCGUUGUACAACUCCGGUUGAAGGAGAUCUUUUAUGCCGUCUCUAAUUCGCUCCCAAUUCAUCAGCGCGCCGAUAGCUGACCACACCAAGACCAUGAAUACCAAUACUAGGAUGACGAAAGAACUACUGUUUGGUCGGAAGGGUGGAGGAAUGGCUUUUUCCUGCAUCGAUAAUACUGCAGCUGCAAGUGCAAUAGGGGUGAAUAUCUGGGGAAACAAUGAGUCUUUGUACACUGAAUAUUUUGUUGUUCGAAUGAGUGUUACUUACAAAUAACAUGACAAAAGCC